GGCUGAUGCAAAGUUGCGUGUCCGGCUGAGCAGACAGCGGCGGCGGAGGCGGGCGCUUUUUGGGGCUUAUUUACAUUUUUUAAAAUAAAACAAUUCUUCAGCGGACUGCUGCUGUAUCAGGACCGACAUGGCGGCGGAGAUAGCAAAAGGUGUGGAACAAGUCUCAGUGGGUGAGAUGUACGUUUCGGACAAAUGCGGCAGCGACCAGGAUGGAGACGGAACCGAGCAGAAACCCUUCAAGACUCCCCUUAAGGCUCUGUUGUUUGCGGGGAAGGAACCAUUCCCGACUAUCUACGUGGAGUCACAGAAGGAGGGAGAGCGCUGGGCGGUGAUUUCCAAGACCCAGAUGAAGAACGCCAAGAAGGCCUUUAACCGCGAGCAGAUGAAGAGCGACGCCAAAGAAAAGAAGGAGGCCGAGGACACCGAGAAGAGAGAGAAGAACCUGGAAGAAGCCAAGAAGAUCGUCAUCGUGAACGAUCCCAGCCUCCCUGAGCCUGAAGCGGUUAAAAUCCAUAAACUGGAGGCAAAGAGAGGUCAGAGAGUCAAAGUGUUCGGGUGGGUUCAUCGCCUCAGGAGGCAAGGAAAGAACCUGAUGUUCAUUGUGCUGAGAGACGGAACUGGUUUCCUCCAGUGUGUCCUGUCGGAUCAACUGUGCCAGUGCUACAACGGUCUGAUGCUGUCCACAGAGAGCACGGUCGCUCUGUACGGGACGGUCACACCGGUUCCCGAAGGAAAACAGGCGCCCGGCGGCCACGAGCUGCACUGCGACUUCUGGGAGCUGAUCGGUUUGGCUCCAGCGGGUGGCGCCGACAACCUGCUGAACGAGGAGUCUGACGUGGACGUGCAGCUGAACAACCGACACAUGCUGAUCCGAGGAGAGAACGUCUCCAAGAUCCUGAGGGUCCGAUCCACCGUCACGCAGUGCUUCAGGGACCACUUCUUCAGCCACGGAUACUACGAGAUCACCCCUCCGACCCUGGUUCAGACCCAGGUGGAGGGCGGCUCCACGCUCUUCAACCUCAACUACUUCGGCGAGCAGGCGUACCUGACCCAGUCGUCCCAGCUCUACCUGGAGACCUGCAUACCUGCGCUGGGAGACACCUUCUGCAUCGCCCAGUCGUACCGGGCCGAGCAGUCCCGCACCCGCAGACACCUGUCCGAGUACACCCACAUCGAGGCCGAGUGUCCCUUCAUGACAUUCGAGGAUCUGCUGAACCGGCUGGAGGACCUGGUCUGCGACGUCGUGGACCGAGUGCUCAAGUCUCCGGCCGCCCAGCUGCUCUACGACAUCAACCCGAACUUCAAACCCCCCAAGAGGCCGUUCAAGAGGAUGACCUACAUCGAAGCCAUCGAGUGGCUCAAAGAGCACGACGUCAAGAAGGACGACGGCUCCUACUACGAGUUCGGAGAGGACAUCCCCGAGGCUCCGGAGAGGCUGAUGACCGACACCAUCAACGAGACCAUCCUGCUCUGCCGCUUCCCGGCUGAGAUCAAGUCCUUCUACAUGCAGCGCUGCGCCGACGACAGACGCCUCACCGAGUCGGUCGACGUACUGAUGCCAAACGUCGGCGAGAUCGUGGGAGGAUCGAUGCGUACCUGGGACGCCGAGGAGCUGCUGGACGGGUACAAGAGGGAGGGAAUCGACCCGACUCCGUACUACUGGUACACCGACCAGAGGAAGUACGGCACGUGUCCUCACGGCGGCUACGGCCUCGGCCUCGAGCGCUUCCUCACCUGGCUGCUGAACCGACACCACAUCAGGGACGUCUGCCUUUACCCCCGCUUCAUCCAGCGCUGCCGGCCCUGAGCCGGACCCUCCUGUCGGCGCCCACCGGACCACAGAACCGAACCACACAACUCGUCGUUUCGUCCCUUUUAGCGGUUUUUAUUCCCUUUGUUUCCGAAAGCGCCGACAGCGUCCCAGUGAACUCCAUCGUUUGUCGCCGCAGGCAGAGCUGGAAAUCCACCCGCUGCCUCCACCAUCACAGCUUCCUCCUCAUUCGUCCUGUGGCUAAAAUCACUUCUCUGCAGACGGCUGAUGUAUUCAGAUGUGUCCUGCCAGUGUACAGAGGCGGCAAGUCCAGGUUCUGAAUGUUCAAUAAUGCCGAAUAAGAGCUCUGAUCUCCUGAAAUUCUUCUUUUUUUGGGGGGGUUUCCAGUGUAUGUUUGCAUAAAUGAGUCACGUCAGCCUUUAAAAAAUGUCACCGGGUUCCAUUUUAUGUCAAAUCUGUGACGACAAAUCAGAAUAAAAAGUUUCCUCUGCUUGAGGAAUUCCAUUCAUUCACUUCUGAGAUAGAAACAGAUCAUUUCAAGCAUCUCUGAUUCUUCCUGCAGGUUUAUUUCCACAAAAACAACUUUUGUUCUCGGGAACAUUUUGCUUUUUUUGUUGUUUUGUUUUUGCUCGACAAGAAAACAAAACUGAGCUUCGUCUGGAAAUCGUUGGUUUCAGGAUGUGACGUUCGUGUCGACCUCGGCGGGUCUGAUCGUGUUUGUUCUGCCUCAUCGUCUCUGAAAUAAGAAACUCUACUCAAUAAACUGCACUUAAAUAAAAUGUGAACCAAA